AUUAAAUCGUGACUAAGCCUAGCAGUAAAGCAACAUGGCGGCGUCCAGGUACAGAAAAUUUCUUCGUCUGAUCGAAGAGUGGCCGGUAGAUUCCAGUAAAAAGGGCCGCGAUUUAGCAACGCAUAUUCGACAGCGUGUGGCCAAGGAGUUUUCCCGUGGAGAAAAUACAAAAAUUGACGAAAAAAGUUGUGACAAGAAGUAUGAAGCAUUGACGCGAAUUCAUAAAGACUUUUACAGACAGAAGUACCCGAGAAUGCACGACACAUCAGCUACAGGGUCGAGUGCUGAAGACUGCCACAGAGUUAUGGCCUCCGACACAAUUGAUGAGAUGAACGAAUUAAACAAAAGCAUCUGGACGAGGUUCAAGGAGUCACUCGGUGGCAACAAGGAAGGAUCAAGAUAACAACUACGACAGUCCCAUAAAUGUAUGGGAUGGAAAAUUCAGUUGAUAAUAUUCAUGUAUACGACCUGUCAUCACAAAAGGAAUUUAAAUUGGACUUUAAGCUCAUUUUGUGGUGAGAGGUCACGACUAUUUGAUCAAUUAAAAUGGAAGUAGGAUACAAUGCAAGACUGCUCUGAAUGCUGUGUACUGGCACAUAGAAUGAUUUUCUUUUUACAAGAGGGUUAUUUACUUGCAUGCUAGAUUUGUGAAUUUGACAACGACUGAUAAGAAGUUGAAGAAAAAAACGAUGGGGCAAGCCUAGUAAAACUUGUCCAUUAGACUGCAACAAAAUGUUAUUCAAUUGAUUCAGAAUGGCUAUUCACUGGAAGUCUUUCAUGCAUCUCGUAAACAGAGUGUGCCAGAUUUAGCCCAUUUAUUUGGUUUAAAGGGUAAUCCUACGAGAUAGCACUGCCCGGCUGUCUUAACAUGCCUACAACCAGUCAAACUGACAAGUGACAGUCACUCAGUCAGUCAGUCGGUUAGUCAUUUGCGUGGAAAGAGUACACUAGGCUGCACUUCGGGACCGGCUUUUAUUUUAAAGCUCAGGAUCUCCCUUUUGAGCGGUUUAAGCUGUGCAUGUUUUAUGGUGUAAAUCGAGGACACAUAUGUAAAGCAGUACCAUACUAAUGGGAGCUUUUGCAAAAAUAAAUAUAAGCAAAAUACAUAUAUUAACAAAAGAUCGAAGGUGAGGAACAAUAGAAAUCCUCGAUUUAUACCAUAAACAAUUAUGUAUGUUUUUGUAUGUAUAUAAAAUAAAAUGUUAUAAUAAAGUGAAUGUUAAUAACUGUAAAUUACAAUCCACUUAUGAGUUCUCAGAUUGUUUUGACUUGAAAGUGUAAUUUGCGUAAAAUGGCGCAUAAAAGGGCAAGCGUAUAUUGGCUUCAGUAGUUGAUAAACGUAAUUACAUGUAUUUCAAUCCUUGGCCAAAGUGGUCUUUGUUUUCUGUAUACAUGUAGUAUCCUACUAAACAAAAGUAUAGAACAAGAAGAAAGUAAUAUCAUUAUGUUAAUGCGUGCAUUAAUUAAAAUGUCGGCAUUGCGUUUAUCGUACCGGUACAUUAUUAAAUGAAACGUCUGCACUGCGUGUUUAGGACUUUGUGUAGUCGGACUAAAGUUGCCUGAUUUGUAAACUGAAAUAAUGCUUUACGAAAAAUAAAGUGAUGUUUAAAAUUGGCA